CCCCUCAGCCUCGCCGUCGCCCGCGUCCCUCUCAGUCUCACUCUCAACCUCGUGACGGGCACACCCACCUGCCCAGGCCCUCCCGCUCCCACUACCUCGCUGGACUCUGCUGUUGGUGAUGCUCUUGCUUCCUCUCCCUCCCGUCGGCGGCCGCGAGUGAUUAGUGACCUUGCCCAGUGUCGCGGUGAAGGACGGGCUUGUUUCUGAGAGCUGUGCGUGGAAAUUCGUAUGUAGCGUGCGUGUUUGUGCGAGUGAGUGAGAGGCUUCAAAAAGUUUUCGAGAAGUCGCAGUCACAUUUGCCCCAAGUUUUUACGACUUGAGUGAGAGGGCGACAAGAAGGCAGUUCAGGCUGCGUCACGGCUGCACUUGUCGUGGUAAGCAGUUGUUCCGCCGACGCACGUGAGUCAACAGAAAAGGCAGAGCAGCGCAAGUAGUAAUAUAAAAAGACGAGUGAGCGUCUGAGGACCGAAGGGGAAGUUUUAUGUAAUUUGGAGUCUCCUUUUUGAAAAGUUAAUAAAAAUAACAGAUAGCAAGCAGUAACAAGCUUUGCAGCAAAAUACACAGAAAGGGGAGAGGAAAAACACUAAUUUGAUCAAAGUGCGUGGUAGUGAGCGAGUGGGGGCGAGGUGACCAAGGAACAGCGGCACGGGCAAUGUUGGCUCAGCUGUCGUGAGUGUCAUCUGAGCGGCUGGACGACUCUUUAGUGCUGGUAUUUACCCUGAUUCAACACGACCAUGAGUGACGAAGGGAAGUCGUACUCGCCGGCGACUCUGACGCAGGGUGAGUCCCGCUGUGACGGCUCCGUGGAGGGACGAGAGAUGAACCACCCACCGCCCGGAGAGGGAGUCGAGCACGUGAAGGGAGAGGAGAGGCAGGGCGAGGGAGCGACGCAGAGUACAGGAGAGACAACGACGACAACAGUGCAAGACAAGCAGGAAGACACACACAGCACGUGCUCCACCGCCUCCUCCAGCGCCUCCUCCUCUCCCUCCCAGACCUCCACCUCCUCCUCAGAGGGCGGCAGCGGCUCCCCCUCGGCCCAGGAAGCCUCGAGGGCCAUCAACAUCGAGGACUCGGAUAAGAAAUAUGUGGUGAUUGAGCACAGCAAACCCAAGACCUGGCUGGCGGCUUACAACUCCCUGGCUCCGAGGACUCGCCAGACGGUGCGGACAGCGGUGAUCGCCGUCGUCUCGGCUCUCGCCCUGGUCGCUAUAUUCCACCUGGCGAGGCUUGCCGAGCAUCCCGUCAGCGAUAAUGCUAUUGACGGGUCGAAGAAGCAGCAUCAGAAGCAUGAACAGACGCAGCUGGGGGGAGGAUCCGAAGCAUGGGUCGGCGACGGCGUCUUAAAGGCACACAGCGGGAAGGCGGUGUCUCCCAUGGGUCCCCAUGACGGCUGGCAGGAAGCGAAGGAGAUGGCCGAACAAAUGGCAGCUGCAGUUGGCGCCGAAGGUCCAGCCUCUCCCGUCCAGGACAUCCUGGCCCGGUCCAGACCUGGCGGCAGGCAGGUGCGCCCCAUUCUUAACGUACCUGUUGGAAGAGACGUAGUGGACGUCCAGCGCAUCAGAAACAUCAACAGGGCAGCGAGUCGUCCCGCGAAUGCCACCGAGGUGAACAUGACCCUCAGCGAGGUGCGGCGCAAGGUGGAGGCGGACCGUAAGAAGCUGUCCAGCAAAACCCUGCGCUUGUGGUCACCGGGCGAAGUGCCACUUCGGGUGCUGCUCGUCACCACCUGGCGCUCGGGAUCCACCUUCCUUGGACAGGUACUGGCCCACCACCCCGCCGUCUUCAACCACUACGAGCCUUUCAGCCCCCUCGGGGUGCGGCAGGUCCGUUCCGGCAGGGAGGCCUUCCAGUCCCAGCAGUUGCUGCAUCGCCUUAUGGAUUGCCAGUAUGGGGGCCAGGAUGAGUACCUCAAUUACACCCGUUCGCACGCCGAGGACAUGCUGGGCCACAAUAAGGGAAUAUGGGAUUCCUGCCGCCGAGGACCCAAUUUCAACGCCUGCUUCAACGCUUCCUUCCUCUCGCAGGCGUGUCAGAUGUUCCCAAUCCAGUUGGUGAAGACAGUGAGGCUCCGACUGAACCUAACGCAGCUCUUCCUCAAUGACGAGAGGAUGAACGUGAAGGUUGUGUUCCUGGUGCGUGAUCCCCGCGCCACCAUGAGCUCUCGCUACACCUCCGUCUCCUGGUGCAAUGACAACCCUGAUUGCUCGUCCCCUGAGGUUCUCUGCUCUGACCUGCAGGGAGACUUGAAGGUGGCCACAGCUCUGGGUCAGCUUUACCCGCAGAGAUUUAAGAUGCUCAAGUACGAAGACUUGGCGAUGGACCCCCAGAAUGUGAUAAAGAACCUCAUGGACUUCCUUGGACUGGAGUACUCCGUUGAAACAGCCCAGUUCGUGAAGGAGAACACUGAACAAGACGUGAACAGCCCCUGGAGCAUCAAGCGCAAAUCGUCGGAUCGCGUCAACCUGUGGAAGAAGCAGCUGCCCCUCCAGGAGAUCCACAACAUUCAGAACGCCUGUGAAUCUGUGCUCAAGACGCUGGAGUACGAGCUGGUGGGCCAGUGAGGAAAGGGAGCCACAACUCUUUCUUCCUCCGUCGGGAAAAUCUCUGAUGUUGUAGAAUAGACUUUCCCAGUUAGUCUUCUUCUGUGUCCUCGUCGCGGGGAGGAAAAUUGCCAGGAAGGGAUGCUCCUCAUCCCAGUCUUCUCAGGACCAGCCGCGGCCGCACUCUAAGGGAACCCUUCACCGGGCACAUUGAAUCAUACUUUCUUGAGAAACACACAAAGAUAGGCAUGAACAUUUUAAAGAAACGAUGCAAAAUAAGAGUAAUGAGUGUCAUAUAAGUCUGUUGUAUCUUAACUAUAUAAUUUUACACGUACAUUUCCUUUCUUGCGGGACUUCAGUGCUAUGCACAGGUUUCCGUCCGUGGCGCUCUGGACACUGGCCUCCACCAGGGAUGCCCCUCUGGCGGUUAUUUUAUCGAUCUUCGUAGUGGGAUUCUCUUCACUGACCGCGGGCAAGACUGUGCGUCCGCGCCGAGCUCUCAGUGAAUCAUUCCGACCACGAAGAGAGAUCCUCAGGCAGGACAGGCCUCCCUCUUCACCAACCACUUCGUCGACCAAUGAUUGAAUAUGUUCUUUUGUUGCGCUUUAUUUUUAACUCUCAGCUACCGACUCAUGAACACAAGAUAAUGCUGCUCAUUAACCAAAUGAUUUCUCCCACUGAGCUGCAGGACACACACACACACACACACACACACACACACACACAGAACACUCCCUCUUCGUCGAGAAGGUUCCACUCACGCUACAAUGUUUAUGUUCUAAUACUGAGUCAUGUAGUUACGUAGUUUGGGACUGAAACGAGUGAAGAGUGUUUAGAGCUUUGAGAAGAUGACUAUUGUUGACUCAAGCAGACUGUCUCUUCUAAUGCAACUCCCCACUUGUAGAGUGGCGAAAAGAUGAUGAUUGAAUGAAUAUUUGAAGCUUCCAGUGAUACCUGAGUACAGGUGUAUGUUUUGCCACGUAUAGUAAUUAUUAAACACAAGUGAAUUGAUAAUCUUGUUGCCUUAAACGUGACACAAACUUAAAGAAAGGAUGAAGAACACGUGAAGAAAAAGUUGAUAGUUUUUUUUUUUUCUCUCUCCUUGCAAGUUUGUGUCUCGCCGGCUUGCAGCAACGUUCAAAUAAGUGUAUAUCUUCAUCUGAUUAUUAGUUUUGUCACUUUGUUCUCCCUCUCAUCUCCACGCAUCAUUUCUUUCUUUUUUUUUUUUUUGGUUCAUCAUAAUUAUCAUCAUGUAUGCAUGUAUGUAUAGGAAUAUUUGUUUGAUGUCUUUUUUAUAAGCUCUUUUUUUUUUUCCCCAUUUUAUCCCCGUCCAUAUGUGCGUCCAUCUGUGUGUGUGUGUGUGUGUGUAUGUAUGGAUGUGCACAUUUAUAUACUAGUACUACAUACACUUUGGUUUUUUAGUACAUGCGCGUUUUCUGUAUGUAUGAAUGUAUGUAUGUAUGUAUGUAUUUUUGUUAUAAUGUACGUACUUAUGUAUACAUCUGUCUGUCUGGCUGUAUAGUAACUGUAGUCCACAGUGCUCUUAACUACCAUAGUUAAUCGUAACAUUGUAAACGAACAUUGGUCUGCCUCGCAAAGCGUCACGAAGCGUCACAAGGAGUGCAUUGAUUAGUAAGCCUGGCGUCACUUGACCAAGCUGGAGCGGCGCACAGUGAGAGGCUUACACUCGCCCAAAAUGCCAAGAUGUGAAGGUGAAUGCAACAACUGAAAGUAAACAGAAAAGAAGU